AUGCCGCGGCCUUGGGGCCGCCUCCUCUUCACCGGCGGCGAGGAAGGCGACGCCACCCUCCGCAAGGUCGACCUCACCGAAGGCGAGCACAUCGUCGAGUGCCUCGUCGUCUACACCGACAACCGCAUCUCCAGCACCCACUUCAAAAUCUCGCUCCGCAACUCGAGCGACCUCGGGCGCGACUGCUCCGCGAACGGCACCUACCUCAACGCUCAGCUCGUUGGCAAGGGCAACUUUUGCUUCCUGUUCCAGCGCGACGAGAUCGGGCUGCUCAAGCCGUGCGGCGGCACCGCCGACCACUUCCCCUUUCUUGCCACCGACGCGACGCCGCAGCGCGCCGCCAAGGCGGUGCCGCCGCUGUCCGUGUCGGGGCUGAGCAGCUCUGGCCCGACGCCCCUCCCGACGGAGCGCACGUCCGCCUCCUCCUCCUCCAACGGCACCGCCAAGAAGAGGCUCGGCGGCAUCUUUGGCUCGCGAGCCAGCUCGCGGUGCGACACAGACGAGGCAGCGACGCCGCCGUCGGAGCAGCACUCCCUCGGCGUUGGGGGUCCGCGGCGCCCUUGGACCGCGUCUGCACUGGUGAUUGAGCAGUUGCCAAGGAGCGAGUAG